AUGGAUUUGAUACAGGCAGCAUCCGGUUAUGUGACCAAGAUGGUGACGGUCGGUGAAAACGCCGGGACUGCCGCUGCGCCAUCGGCCAAGAUGAAGAUGCUCUUGCUGGACAAGGACACCGUUCCCUGUAUCUCAGCCGCCGUUACCGUAUCAACCCUUCUCAACCAUGAAGUCUAUCUUACCGAUCGGUUGGACAAUCCUAAACGGGAGAAGAUGAGGCAUAUGCGCUGUCUCUGUUUCGUGAGGCCGCAUCCUGACACCAUCGGCCUCUUGAUCGAUGAGUUACGAGACCCCAAGUACGGAGAGUACCACUUGUACUUCAGCAACGUUGUCAAAAAGUCGGCUCUUGAAAGGCUAGCGGAAGCCGAUGACCAUGAGGUCGUGAAAGUGGUGCAGGAAUACUUUAUGGAUUAUGUCGUUAUCAACACCGACUUUUUCUCACUCAACAUGUCCCUGCCUAUGAAUCGGAUAUGGAGCGGCAAUCCCGAUAUCUGGAACACCGAUUCUUUGCAACGAUGCACCGAAGGGGUUAUUGCAGUCUUGUUAUCCCUCAAGAAGAAGCCUCUGAUCAGAUACCAGAAGAGCAGCCCUCUAGCUAAGAAGCUCGCAUCCGAGGUCCGAUACUGCAUGACCCAGGAGGACCAACUAUUCGACUUCCGCAAGGUCGACACACCACCCAUUCUCUUGAUCCUAGACAGACGAGAGGACCCCAUUACUCCACUACUCACACAAUGGACAUACCAAGCCAUGGUACAUCACCUGCUUGGCAUUCACAACGGCCGAGUCGACCUCAGUGAUAUCCCCGAAAUCCGUGCCGAGCUGAAGGAGAUUGUCCUCUCACAGGACCAAGAUCCCUUCUUCCAGAAGAACAUGUACCUCAACUUCGGCGACCUAGGCGGCAACAUCAAGGAAUACGUUUCACAGUACCAGUCCAAGACCCAGAACAACGCCAAUCUUGAGUCCAUCUCCGACAUGAAGCGGUUCAUCGAGGAGUACCCCGAAUUCAGGAAGCUUUCCGGAAAUGUCAGCAAGCACGUCACCUUGGUCUCUGAACUAAGCAGGAGAGUCGGAGCCCAGAGCCUACUCGAAGUGAGCGAGGUUGAGCAAAGCUUAGCCUGCAAUGAUAAUCACGCCGCCGACCUCAAGAACAUCCAAAGACUAAUCCAAUCCCCCACCGUAACCCCGGACAACAAAAUAAUCCUCGUCGCCCUCUACGCCCUCCGCUACUCCAAAUCGCCCUCAAGCCAACUCCCCAUGCUCGUCGACCUCCUCACCGCCGCGGGCGGCGUUCCCACCCGCCGCACCGACCGCGUCGCCAAGCUCCUAGCCUACCACUCCUCCCUGCACGCCACCACAGGCGGCUCCGGCUCCGGCGUAGGCGGUAUCGCGGACAUUUUCGAGUCUACGGGGAUCUUCGGCGGCGCUGGUAACCGGUUCAAGGUGCUCAAGGGCGUCGAGAACGUGUACACGCAGCAUUCCCCCUUGCUGGAGACGACGCUGCAGAACCUGGUCAAGGGCAAGCUGCGGGAGCAGCAGUAUCCGUAUGUGGACGGCGGCGGGUCGACGAGGGAUAAGCCGCAGGAUAUCAUCGUGUUUAUCAUUGGCGGAGCGACGUACGAGGAGGCCAAGAUGGUGGCGGAGAUCAAUGCGAGUAUACCGGGCGUUAGGGUGGUGUUGGGCGGCACGACUGUGCACAAUGCGCAGAGUUUUCUGGAGGAGGUGGAGGAUGCUGUUGGGGGGUGGCCGGAGCAGGUGCCGGGGAGGAGGUAG